AUGUUAGCAGAGCUGCUAAAGGGGACCAAAUCGUUAGAGAAGGGUUUACAAGAAACAAGAGAAUCACUAAAGGAGGAUUUGCAAGAAACUAGAGAAGAGGGAAGAAUAUCCCGAGAAUUAUUAGAGAAAGGUCUCAGAGAAUCACUAGAGAAGGGUUUACAAGAAACUAACACAUCGUUAGAGAAGAGUUCACAAGAAACAAGAGAAUCACUAAAGGAAGAUUUACAAGAGAUCAAAACAUCACAACUGAAGAUGGAAUAUAAUUUGAAGAAGGAAAUGCAGAAGUUGCAAGAACGACUGAAGAUGGACAUCGACGAGAGAGAGAGGAAGCUACAGAAGAGCAUAGACCAAGUCCAGGGAGACGUGGAGAAGAUGGAAGGAAAGUUAGCAAAAAAGAUAGAAGACGAUAUUGAAGAAACAAAAGCCGAAUUGGGGGAAAGAAUCAACGAAGUGGAAACAAACUGCAAUCAUCGAAUCGCCGAGGUGACGCAGAUGCAGAAACAAUGCAAUGAGGCGGUUAAGGGGAUAGGAGAUAGGCAAAACCAACUAGCUGUCAAUCUGAGAAAUGCUACAGCCUUGCAACGAGAAGAGGAUAACAAGAGGGUUGAAAUGGAGGUCAAGCAGUUACAACAGGGAGUGCAGCAAUUGGAGAGCAAGACAGAAGAAAUUGAUAAACGAAUUAGCAAUGCCACCUUAGCCAUUGGGGGAGGCAAGGUCGUUACAUUGAUGAGCAGUGAUAAUCGGUGCAUCCAAAGUAAUACAGGGCAGAAAUUUAGACCGAAAGGAGGGUUGCACCCAAUGAUAUUUAUGAAGUGGCUAAAAGGAGUUUUCCCAGCACAUCUUAAGGACUCAGACAAGAUUCAAUUUGCAAUAGAUAGAAUGGAAGGUGAGGCCUUCACUUGGGGAGUCAGGAAGAAGGAAGGGACUACUAGUUAUGACCAGUUUGAAGAGGAAUUCUUGAAGAAAUACUGGUCCAAAAGCCAUCAAUGUGCAGCAAUUGAGGACCUACUACACCGCAAGUCACUUAGUACAUGGAGAGGAACGUUGAGAGAGUUUGCCGAACAUUUGUGGGAAUUGAACGAGACCUUGGAACAACCCCUGAGUGAUGACGUAAUGAUAUCAGCGAUAAAAAGAAGAAUGAGCCAGAGAAUGCAAGAAACUGUAUCCGGGAGCCUAAUUGAAGAUAGGGAGGCCUUGAUGAAAAUACUGGAACAGUUGGAAUCUGUUCGAUCACAGGGACACAAUCAACCUAAUGAUCAAAACCGAGGGGGAAAUAAUGACCCAAGAAAUCAUUUUGGUAAUUCGUCUAAUUAUAGAGGAAGACGUGGUGGUCAUAGGUACAGGAACCAUGGUGGUGAACGUCAAUGGAGAAAUGAUUGGAGAAGAAGUGAAGAACCAAGAGAUCAUGAGAGAAGAUGGGAUAGGCGAAUGAAUGACACAAUGCAUAUAGAAGAGGUGGAGAGACCGGAAAACUGA